AUGAGAUUCUUUUCAACGCAGUUAUCUGAUAUUCCUGAGGAAAUCGACAUUGACACAAAGAUUCUUGUGAAGCUACACAAAUUUGUUCCUCUGCGUCAAAUGUUUCACUCCAAAGUCAGUCAACACUCAGGUGAAAGUAAUGAACAUAAACCUGCACAACGUGAUUUCUCUCGAAAAAAAUCAUCGUCAAUCGUCGUGAAUAACCCUGGCUUGACUCUACCUGCGAAGAAAACCAACGCACGUGUUGUACGGAUUCGCUUAGUGUUCAUACAUAUUGGAGAGAUCGACACACUCAAUGAAAAGUAUCAAGCCGAUGUUUAUUACGAAGCAAGAUGGACAGAGAAACGGAUGAAUUUAAAUACAUUAAAUCUGAAUCCACAAGAUCAACAAAGACUUCUUGUCGGUGACAACCCCAGCGUGAGGAUCAACGAACUCAAUCCAGCCGUUCAUUGGUCACCACAAUUAUUUAUUGAAAAUGGUAUAGGUCAAAUUGGCGAACAGGAUAAAUGGUUUACGAUAAAGAAGAUCACUCCAAGAUCUGAUCAGAUAUCAACAUCAGUUUCGAUGAAUGUAGAAGUUUGUGAACAUCGUCGACUCAAAGGCGUCUUUUGGGAAAAGUUAGAAUUGAAUCAUUUUCCAGCUGACGUACAAGAGUUAACUAUAUCGAUAACAAGUCAUCAUCACGUUGAAGAUUGUAUUCUUGUUCAAGAUGAACAUUUCCGUUCGAUUAUUAACCGUGAGGCAUUUUUCGACCAACAAGAGUGGUCUUUGUAUGAACAUGUUGCAACCGAGAUACGUGAAUCAAACGAAGAGUAUUCGUUCGAUGAUGAAAAUAGUUCACUAGGACAAAAGAAACAUCCAGUACUUGCAGUGGCCUGUCGAGCAGCUCGCCGUCCUGGUUAUUAUUAUUGGAACGGUUUUUGUUUAAUUUUUCUAAUCACCGUGUGUGCAUUCUGUAUCUUUUCAAUUUCACCAGAUUUACCACAGAGUCGACUACAAAUUACAUGUACUCUGCUGCUCACCUCCGUGACAUUUCGAUGGGUUGUGAAUCGAUCUCUACCACAAAUUUCUUAUUUAACUACUUUGGAUAUCUAUGCGAUUAUUUCAAUUAUGAUACUAGUUGUUCUGUGCGUUUGGCAUUCUAUCAUAGCAUCACUUAAUUUUCUUCAUCCAAAUCCUGCAAGACUACUUCAGCCCAAAAAUUAUUAUGUUAUUAUGGACCGGUAUGUUUUCUAUGGUCUCUUUGGAGUAUAUACCAUCAUCCAUAUUGUGAUGAUUAUAUGGCUAUUCUCCGUUCCAUAUAAACGACGACGAGAAAUGAACUAUCUCGAUCGUGAAUACGCUGACAAUAAACAUAUUCAUUUAGAGACUAGACCAUCACGAUACGAUUCAAAGUAUGACUUAUCUUUUCGGCGAACAUCGGCAACAUUUCUCAAUACUUUGCCGCCGCCAACAAUGAAACCUACAAGACAGCGACAAUCCUCGGAUGGAAUUUCAGUGAUACCCAAUGCUACAACGGUUGUACCAAUCCGAGAAGAAACAAAUGGAGUGAGAGCGAGAAGUAUGACUCAACUGCGAGAACAAGAUGAUGAAUAUUACAAUCAUACAAACGACAUUAACAAUGAAAUGAAAUCUACACAAAUGGCUCCUAUUGAGGAAAUCUAA